CUCUAAUUUGCACUAAUGCUACCAGUCAAUAAACCUCGCGCCAGGCGAAUCUACGGCAGCUUGGGCGAGGCGUGGGAAAACAUGGCAGCAGUCCAGGAUGCUGUCAUAACAAAUGGUUAUGACGAAGUCAAAAUUAAUGGACAUGAUUAUGAGGACAUAGACUCGCAAGAAGAUGAUGUACAAGAAGAUAACGACAAACAAGAAAUAAAUGGCAAACAAGAAGAAAAUGGCAAACAAGAAGAAAAUGGCAAACGAGAAGAAUAUGGCAAACAAGAAGAAAAUGAAUUUGAAAAAAUUCCACAGAAAGAACCGUUGUCAGCCAAGAUAAUUCCUCACAAGGGUGGUUUAAAAAGUGCACCAUCCUUUGAAGAAAAAUCUGUAUCGAUAUCAACUCCUGAGGUUACUACUUCCAUAAAAUUUUCUGGUGAUGAAGAAGUUUCAAUAUUUGAAGAUGGCCCAGACCAGAUCCUGCCAUCAGAGGCGUUGUGGACAUCAGAAGCCGACGGGAGGGUGAGACUACAGGUGGCAGAGACAAGUGGAGUGGCAGCACAGCCACCCAUAUCUGUGCCGGGGCUGCUACACCGCACUGCCACACGCUACCCAAACCACCAGGCACUGCAGUUUAAGGAUGCAGACGGAUCCUGGACCGCCAUCACUUUCAAGGAAUAUGAAGAGAAUGUGAGAACGGUUGCCAAGGCCUUCAUCCAGCUGGGACUUCAGAAGUAUCACGGGGUUUGCAUCAUCGGGUUCAACUCUCCAGAGUGGUUCUAUGCUGAUCUUGGAGCAAUCUAUGCUGGAGGUUUCGCAGUUGGAAUGUACACCACAAACAACCCUGACGCUUGCUACCAUUGUCUGCACACCAGUGAGGCCAACAUAUGUGUGGUGGAGGAUGACAAGCAGCUGCAGAAAAUCCUCAAGAUUCGAGACCAGUUGCCGCACCUUCGGGCGAUCAUCCAGUACUCGGGCACUCCUAGUAACCCUGGCGUGAUGAGCUGGACAGAGUUGAUGGAACUUGGAAAGAACCAAGAUGAUACACAACUAAACGCAGCUCUGAAAAAGAUAGCGAUCAAUGAAUGCUGUACCCUGGUAUUCACAUCUGGCACCGAAGGAUUGUCUAAGGCAGUAAUGCUCAGCCAUGACAACCUGACGUGGGAUAGCUACGCUGUCAGCAAAUACUUGCAACUGGAAGAGGCUUCUGACAGUAUAGUCUCUUAUUUGCCGCUGAGUCAUAUAGCUGCCCAGUUGGCUGAUAUAUACAUCCCUAUAUUUAUUGCUGCAAAAACAAUCUUUGCGGACAGUGAUGCUCUUAAGGGCAGCUUGGUAAAGACCCUAGGAGAGGUGCGACCCACAGUGUUCCUUGGUGUGCCUCGAGUCUGGGAGAAGAUAAACGAAAGAAUGAUGAGCAUCGGGGCACAGACCACCGGACUGAAGAAAAUGAUAGCAAGUUGGGGCAAGGCUUGUUGUCUGAAUCAUCACAUAAACGUCAUGAAUGGGAACACUAGUGAAUCUUACCGCUAUAGGUUUUACCGAUGGUUGGUCUUCAGCAGGGUUAAAGCUGCUCUGGGGCUAGACAGGUGUAAAAUAUUUUUGUCCGCAGCUGCUCCAAUCUCUACAGACAUAAAGAAAUACUUCAUGAGCCUUGAUAUUCCCGUUACUGACGCCUUUGGCAUGUCAGAGAGUACAGGGGCUCAUACAAUGUCUAAACCGGACGACUUCCAGAUAGACAGCAUAGGAAGAGCCAUUGACGGAGCUGAGACCAAGUUAGACAAUGUGGACAAGGAUGGGCAAGGAGAGAUUUGCAUGAAAGGAAGGCAUGUCUUCAUGGGAUACCUGAAGGAACCUGGAAAGACAGAGAAGGCUAUGGACUCUGAAGGUUGGCUGCAUUCCGGAGAUGUCGGAACAUUGGACAGUAAGGGGUACUUACGUAUCACAGGCAGGAUCAAGGAGCUGCUGAUCACUGCGGGAGGAGAGAACAUUCCCCCUGUUAUAAUAGAACACGUAGUGAAACAAGAGCUGCCUUGUAUCAGCAACGCACAACUCAUUGGUGACAGACGCAAGUUUCUCUCCAUCCUGCUCACAUUGAAGACUGAAAUGGAUCUGGAGAGUGGAGCACCCAAGGACGAGUUGACCCCGGAAGUGAAGACCUGGUGCAAGAGUCUAGGCUGCGAGGUCAACACAGUGACUGAUGUUUUACAAGGACCAAAGAAAGAAAUCUUAGAUGCAAUUCAAGCUGGAAUUGACCGUGCGAAUACACAGGCUGUAUCUAAUGCUCAGAGAAUACAGAAAUUCGCUAUCCUUCCAGCGGAUUUCUCCGUUCCGACAGGAGAAUUAGGGCCAACGUUGAAGUUGAAGAGGAAUGUUGUGUACGAGAAAUAUGCAGAUAUAAUUGAAAACUUUUACAAAGAAUGAAAAUAAUUCAUUACUGUACUAACACCUCAAGAGGGUUACAACUUAAUCUGUUGUACUUAAAUAAAGGAUUAUUUUCCUAACAUCGUUUAAAUCAAAAGGUGCUCAAAUAAGAAGUAGUCUAUCUGUCCUAUACUGAAUGGCUCAACUGAAAAAGUAAAUAAAUGUUGUGGUUCUAAGCAUGUUAUUAAUUGAUAUUCUGUGAUUUGUUGUUGAUAGAUUUAUAAUGUGUAUGAAACGUUGUAUAUGGUUUUGUGCUUUUCUAAUCUGUUUGUAUAUAGUUGCAUACACAUAUAGGUAUUUAUGUGUGUUUUUGAAAGAAAAGUAGAAUAAUUAUAUUUUCUCCUAGAUUCGUUAUAUUUUUUAAUAAGUUUAUACACAAAGGAACCAAAAUGUGCAAUAUUCUUUGUUAUGUACUUAGUAAAGUUUACCAUGAUUAUGAAUCAAAAUGUAUAUAAAUAAAGAAAAAUACUGUAAGUACAAA